AUGGUAGGGGCAACGGUCGUUUUUGGGUUUUCGCUGUUUUUGGGGAUCGUAACGAUGAUAGGUAACGGAUGUAUCAUGAUACUUUUCCUACGCCACAAGAGUAUAAGGGUUACGCGGAAUUACAUCAUUUUCAGUUUAGCCCUGGCCGAUUUCCUGAUUGGAUUAUUCGCUAUGCCGUUAGCCGCCAAUCAAAAUCAUAUCAGCUAUUGGAAUUUCUCAGUAUCGCUCUGCUAUUUUCACGUCAUAAUAGACACCCUAGCCACCCUGGUCAGCAUAUUCACAGUGACAUUGACCGCCCUUUUGGACAUAGGGUUAGUCUUUGGGAAGGGCAUCAGAAACGUGUAUUCCUGCAGGAACGUAAGCAUAGUUAUAGCGCUGAGUUGGCUCGCACCGGGGCUGACCAUCUUACUGCCCAUAGCGAUAAAUCCGAGUCAAAUGGGCCUGUUCAUCAAAGAGGAAGUCCGAACUCAUUCUUUAUUCUUUGGAUCGGUCCAGAUCAAUUCAACUACCUUCCAUUGUUUGCCAGAUUUUCCCAAAGUACUGUUCGCGAGUCUUGUCGUGUUCUAUUACAUAUUCGGAUUGUCGUUGACAGUGGCAGCCUACGCGGCCAUAUUCAUUAAAAUCAGGCUGAGAAAGAGGUUCGUAUUGCGAAUAGGUUCGCGUGCGGUUAACGCGUUAUCCCCGCAUCCUCCAUUUAAUAACUUGGUGCAUCCAAAAGUGACGAAAAUUCCAACUGAUACUCCCACUUUGACAGUCAAACAAACGGUCAGAGCGAACGCGUUAACAAAAUGGAAACGGAACGAGGGCCUCUUGAGGAUGAUGUUCGCCAUUGGUACGUUGGCGUUUGUUUGUUAUUUACCAGGUUCUAUCGUGUUUUUGUUGGAGGCGUUAGCGGAUAAGGGUAUCGCGUUAUGGGCAUUCAAACUCGGAAUAUGGCUGUCAUAUGCCAAAUCAGCCAUAAAUCCCAUACUGUACGGAUUUUUGAAUCACAAAUUUAAAAAGUACAUAUGCAAAUGUUUCGGAACACGCGUUGAAAACGCAACUACAACCAUCGGAUCCAUAUUGGAGGAGUAA